ACUUGAAUGAGUUCGCAAAAAGAUUAAUAUCAUCUCAGUGGUGAAAGAUGACAGACACUACUUGGAUUUGGACAGCUAACUCUAAGGCGAAACAUUCCCUUUGGCCCUUACAUACCAAGCAUUACAAGGGUUGUACGGGCGCAUUUUAGCAACACAAUCGGAGAUAUGGUGACGCUGGUGGUGGCAACCACCAUCGACCCAGCCUCCAUCGGCCCAGCCUCUGCCCUCCUAUCCAUGCCCGGUUGGUAUCCUGGUCCUCUCCUCCAGGAUAUGUCGAGUUUUAUGAAUAGGGCAGUGAGGUUACUGAAGCAUGAUAAGAGUAUUGUAAGGGAGGAUCACUUGGACAAGCGUUGGGAGGAGGCGACUGGAGAAGUUGUCGAUGAGGUCAUAUUUUUGAGCAAGCACACGGCAGCCUCAAAUCGUCCCGCACUUACUGUUCAUUCAAUUGGCAUGCCUCAUUUACGCCAAGACAAGGUGCCACCUGCAGGUGGAAAGCCCGGGUGGGCAGCACCACCUAAUCCUCGAAUAGGACCGUGGUUGUGGCUCUUGAAGGCUAUUGCUGAAUCACAUAAUCUCACUCCUGAAUUUGAGGUCACAUUGAAAGCGACUCAUCAUGGACCUGAAAUUAAUUCACCUACAAUGUUUGUAGAAAUCGGCAGUACAGAAGAGUACUGGAAGAGGCGGGAUGCUGCCCAAGACAUUGCUUUAGAAAGGUGGUGUUUUUGUGGGCCAUCUGCUUUCUGGGUAUUCAUUGCCUAUGGAAGAUCUGGGUCAAUCUAAACAGACAAAUGUGGAGGGUGUUGGUGGAACUUGGAGAGAAGCAAUCAAAGUUGCCUGUGAGACUACAAAGGCAGCUUUUCCAGGGGGUGAAGUUAUGGCACAUCUUGAUCACAAGUUAGUCAUUCCCACCAAAGAAUUGUUUUUUAUUUUAAUACAUAGACAUAAAACCAAGUUUACCAUAAUGCUGUGUUUGAUUGCUAAGAUUUUGUAAGAGCAUAAAACCUGGAAUUUCUACAAGAGCGACCCCAACCCAAGCUCUCAUUUUUCAUUUCUUCUCUCACAAAAUCUUAUCAAUCGAACAGUAUAAAUGCAAAUUAGCAAUCAGUGGAUGAAUCAAUUAUGAGAUCAUUCAUAAGGUGAUUAAACAAGUUAGGUAUUUGCCAAGUACAUUGGAAGUUCACAUAAUCCCCUUGAUGCAAAGAAAGCCCUGCUAUCAUACUUUAAAUGCUCAUCUUGUGUAAAAAGAAAAACUACUAUAAACUUGAAAUUGUGGGGAUGCUAAUUUUGCCCAGCACCAUAAAAUGGUUAGUUUCGACAUCUGCAUUAUUUGUUAGAGAUGUCACACAAAUCAAAAUAGGUCUCUCUUAUAGAACUGAAGUCACUACUAUGAAGAGAGCACAUUUGACUACCUACAACACCAUAGAAGCUUGAAGUGAUGGGAGAUUUUCUUCGGCAUGCAUUAAGUGUUGUGGAAGAGUUUCAUCGGCAUGAAGAAGGUUUUGAAUUAGGAUAGAACCAAGUUACUACAAACAAACAAAGACCAUAAAAACCUAAGUUUCUCAGCUUGUUUGACCAUGUUGUGUAGCAUGGAUGACCACAGAGAGGACCACAGAGUAGGAUUAGUCUGUCUCAUCGUAUGGUCGACUAUGCUCAUAAAUGUGGUAGACUACAGUGAUCAUAAUUUGGUUGACCAUCUUGAUGGAUGUGAACAACUACUAUGAGUCAGUAUGGUUGACCAUA